UUAGGGUUCUUAGACUGAGCUAUGGGGAGCGUCGCAAAUGCCGCUGCCCAGGCGGGGGACAUGGGCUGGGUCGGCAAGAAGCCGCUGCGGCGCCUGGGCGGCAUGGCGGAUGCGCUAGCGAUCGCGACGGAGCUCGGCUAUAGCAUCCAGCAGGAGGACGCUGUGCAAAAUGCUGGCAAGAACGAUGCGCUGGUGUCAGCGCUGAGAGAAUUAAUGGUCGUCCAGCGGGCUUUGGCAAAUCUCCAGGUUGAGCUCCAAGGCCGGCAGGACGAUGAGAGCGUCUCCCAUCUCACGCACGUAAGUGGUAUAGAGAAGAAAUGCCAGGCCUUGGCAAGGACUACGACUAAACUGAAAGAUGUUAUUCAGAACAAGGAUCGUAUAAUAGCACGCUUACAGCAGCCUUACUCUCUAGAUUGCAUUCCCGUGGAAACUGAAUACCAGCGGCAAUUCGCAGAGCUGCUACUCAAGGCUGCAGGUGAUUAUGGAGCGCUAACAGCUGCAAUUUCUGAUCUUCAGUGGACACAGAGCUUCAAGGAUCCACCGUCUGUUUGGGGGGACUUGCUGCGACCCAUUCCUGUGGCUCUUGCCUCUUGCACGAGAUACUACGAAGCUCUCUCGGCCAUGAGGGAAACGGUGGCAUCUUACUACAAGCGUAAGGUACAGCUGGGAUCGCUGGAAACGCCAGUAAAAGAUGCAGAUGCGGACUGCACAACACCCAUAUGGAAUCAAGCAACGUACGUUUUGGACGAGCCAACCUCGGACGAUCUCCUCCUCCGCGGCCGAACGAGAUUGAAGCAGAUCAACAUCACAGCAAACGAAAAGGAUUGGAAUGCGUCGCCUGAUGCGCUGCAGCUCGACGCUUUUGGCGACGAUGUCAAGCAAAGACGCAUGUCAUGGCCGCCGUCUCCCACCACUCCUGCCUAGGUAGGCAAAUUUUUUUCCUUUUUUUCUCAAUUCAGGAAGGAACAAGGUAGACGACGAAGGCUCCGCCAUUCAAGCAAGUAAGGGGACCUUUACGAGGGACUUUGAAGCUUGGUUCUUAAGUAUACGCUUUCGUUUUGGUUCUCUCUUUUCUGAUUGAGGACGAGGAAAGUUGCGAUUUGUAUCACGCUCAGUUUGAGCCAUCUUUGUUCUUCGAGUUAAUACUUAAUGCUCGAAGACUUUUUAACA